AGAGAUCAGAAAUUAAAGGGAAAUGAAAGAGUUAAAAAUUGAAAAUAAAAUAAAGAUCUUGUAAGAACUCUUGCCCGAGAGACCAAAGCCACUACUUCUUUUUCAUGAUCCUCUCGUAACUCCAUAACUUGAAAUAUAUCAUCACCCCAGAGUGAGAGAAGGAAGGAAUGGCUAUGAAGAAUUGUUUCCAAGUUAGUUCAGUGAGUACUACCACCAGAGCUGGUGUUUGCCAUCCAUUUGCUCCUGUGGAAAAGCUUCAAUUGCCAACCUGUAAAGGACCCAACACAUCCAAUUUAUCGUUGUCUUCACCUUCUUCAUCCUUUCCUCGCUCACUGAGAAGCAGAUGCCAAAAAUCCCGCGUUGUCUGCAAAGCUCGUGAAGCUGUAGAUGCAGUUCAAGUAGCGACAGAUGCAAGCUGGGAUACUGUGAUUGGAAGCGACACCCCUGUUCUUGUGGAGUUUUGGGCACCAUGGUGCGGACCUUGUAAGAUGAUAGCACCGGUAGUCGAGGAGUUGGCAAAAGAAUAUGCAGGAAAGAUAGCUUGUUACAAAGUCAACACUGAUGACUGCCCUAAUAUUGCCACAAAGUAUGGAAUAAGAAGCAUUCCGACAGUGCUGUUUUUCAAGAAAGGAGAGAAGAAAGAAAGUGUUAUUGGAGCAGUGCCCAAGACCACCUUGUCUAAUUCCAUAGACAAGUAUAUAGAUGCUUGAAAACAACAAACUAUGUGGAGCUAUGAUGGAGCUACUAGUGCAUAGCAAUUCAAACUUUCUUGCAUGGCGUAAAUGUAACUAUGAACUCAGUUCUUGUUCAAAUUGAUAAUGCAAUGUGCAUCACUCUUUCUUCA